AUGGACUACACCGGCGGUAUUUCAGCAGCAUUCUAUCCACCGGUAUUACCUUCCGGCCAGACUCACUUUCAUCGGCCAGCUGGACGAGCCUCCGAUGGCCGUCUGAUCAUAGACUUUAUUGCUGCCCAUUUGGGAUUACCAUACCUAAACCCAUACCUGGACUCAAUAGGAUCAAUCGGUUCCAGUUUUCGGCACGGUACAAACUUUGCAACAGGCGGUGCAACCAUUAUGCGGCCGGUCGAGAGUUGGUUUGAGAGCUCGGUUAGCCCCUUCUCUCUUGAAAUCCAAGUCGAGCACUACACGCAGCUCAAAGACCGAACAGCGUAUUUCUACAAAGCCAAAAAGAAAUCUUUCAUGAGAAAACUGCCUAUGCCUGAGGACCUCUCGAAAGCCCUGUUUGUGCUCGAUAUAGGGCAGAAUGAUGUGGCGGCAGGCAUUCGAAAACUGAGCUUCGAACUUCAAAAGCUAGCCGUGCCGAAAAUAGUCAGCCUGUUUAUAGCACAAGUCAGAAUAUUAUACGAACGAGAGGCGAGGAUUUUCUGGAUACACAACACUGGCCCGAUCGGCUGCUUGCCGGUAGCGACUGUGAAGGUUCAAAAUCCCGGGCCGGGUUAUCUGGACGAGCAUGGUUGUGUUAAAAGCCAAAAUGAGAUAGCUAUUGAACUCAAUAAAUUGCUCAAGGAUGAGAUUGUGAAGCUAAGAUCAGAGCUUUCAGAGGCUAUCAUAAUCUACACUGACAUGUAUAGUGCCAAGUUAGAAUUAAUCACCAAUGCAAAAGAUCAAGGAUUUGAGGAUCCAUUUAAUAUCUGCUGCGGACAUCAUGGGAUCGGGUACGAUGUUUGGUGUGGAAACAAAGGAAAAGUGAAUGGAACUGAAGUCUUCGGUGGUUCCUGCAAGAAUCCUACCCGAACCAUAAGCUGGGACGGCGUGCAUUAUUCUGAGUCCGCAAACCGCUGGAUCGCAACCCGUAUCGUGAAAGGCUCGUUUUCAGAUCCCCCAAUACCAAUCUCACAAGCAUGCCAAAAGAACACAAAUCGAAUGUAG